CCCGAUCUGCCGUGAGAAUCCAUGGGAGAGAGUAAAGAGGCUGGUCAUGGCGCUGUAGUGAAGUUCGGCAGGGGAAAUUCGGCAGGACCAGAAAAUUCACAAAUUUUGAAUAUUGUGUAUAGUGUUUUUGGUUAUAAGUGAUUUUACGUUGUUGGAAGAAACCUUGGGCUACUUAUUUUUUGAAGUGAGUUGAUUCGCAAGAGAGCGACGAUUGUUUUUUAUCAGAACGGGAAGCCAGCCUACUUGCGUGAGCAAUAGAUACAAAGUUAACGUUCGUUACACCUAGCCCACUGGAUAUACUAGUGUGAUACUCAGGUGUGGGACGAGUCCAGUUGCUACGAUGGACCACUGGAAUUAAGGAAUUUGGGACUCCUGAUUUUUGGGAAUAUUUUAGCUGUCUGGCAGCGUUUUGGAUUAACAAGUAGCGUAAAUUCUCCUUUCCGUGUGUUGCGAAAACGGAUAGUCGGCAGUCAUGCCAGCGAAAACAAAGUACAAUCUUGUGGACGAUGGCCAUGAUUUGAGAAUUCCAUUGCAUAACGAGGAAGCAUUCCAACAUGGGAUCAACUUCGAAGCCAAGUACAUCGGCAGUCUGGACGUGGCGCGGCCGAACAGCAGAGUGGAGAUCGUAGCUGCUAUGAGAAGAAUACGGUAUGAAUUCAAAGUGAAGAACAUCAAGAAGAAGAAGGUCAACAUCAUUGUCUCAGUGGAUGGAGUGAAGGUGGCACUCAGAAAAAAGUUAAAAAAGAAGGAGUGGACGUGGGAUGAGAGUAAGAUGAUGGUGAUGCAGGAUCCCAUUUACAGGAUCUUCUAUGUGUCUCAUGACUCCCAGGACCUGAAGAUCUUCAGCUACAUCGCCAGAGACGGACAGAGUAACAUCUUCCGUUGUAACGUCUUCAAGUCCAAGAAGAAGUCCCAGGCCAUGCGUAUCGUGCGGACGGUGGGCCAGGCAUUCGAGGUGUGUCAUAAACUCAGCUUGCAACACACACACCAGAACGCAGAUGGACAGGAGGACGCAAACAAUGACAAGACCUGCAAUGAGGAGUCCACGCUCUCAGCCCGGGAGUUAACGGGAGCGGAGAAGUCGGCGGUUGCUGUGGAGACAGACAUCGAUGCGGAGGAGGCUCCCUUACCAUUACCGGACAGUACGGUGGAGGAGUUUAACCGCGGCGUCACUGACCUGGACGGAGUGGAUGCUACCGCCAAGACUGACCACACACACCUCAACAAUAUUGACAACGACAAGAAGGUUCCAGAGGAGGCCUCUCUGCUGCUUGCGUCCCCCAGGAUGCUGCUGCCGUCAUCGGGUACUCUGCCUCCCACCACCCCCCUGUCAGUCCACCACCAGAUCCAACUGCUACAGCAACAACUACAGCAACAACAGCAACAGACACAUGUAGCCGUGGCACAGGUGCACCUGUUGAAGGACCAACUGAGUGCGGAGGCUACAGCCAGACUGGAGGCCCAGGCCAGAGUGCACCAGCUGCUGCUCCAGAACAAGGACCUGCUGCAGCACAUCUCCCUACUGGUCAAACAGAUCCAGGAGCUGGAGGUCAAAAUGUCAGGACCCUGCUCCAUGGGUUCCCAGGAUAGUCUGUUGGAGAUCACUUUCCGUUCCACCGUUCCCCCAGUUUUGUGUGACCCUACGACCCCGCGACCCCAGGACCAUGUCAACCUCACCCUGCCAGCGCUGGGCAUCAACAUGAGCAUGGGCCAGGACGGGACGGCCUUCCCCCUCUCCUCCUCCUCCCUGCCCCUAGGCAACCACCUAGUUGACCAGAGUAUGUUUGAGAACUCCAACGCCUCCAGAGCUCCAGGCCAGGGGCUCCAGGCCUCCAGGUUGACCCAUGCCUCGGCCCGUCGCUCCCUGGUCACUGCUAACCCUGCUCUGGGUAGCAGCCCUGCCGAGGCCCCCUCCUCCACCACUGUCGCUGGAGGUCAGCAGAGGCUGAAGAACGCCCUGAACCUGGGAAAGGUGGUGGGGGCAAAGGUCAAUGACCUGCUGCGGAGGAAGGAGCCCAGUCUUCUAGGAGACAUCGGGGUCACAGAAGUCAACAAGAACGUAGGAGCAGUCUGGAGCAAUAUGGAGGAGAUGACCCUGGGAACUACUGCCAAUAGUCAUACCUCUCUGGACUCCUUCCCUCGUCUGGACCCCCCUCCCCCCGGUAAGAAGCGUCUUCCUCGUGCCCUGAAGACCACCCAGGACAUGAUGAUCUCAUCUGACCCUGUCGUCACCACUCCCCCUGAGACCCCCGAUCACUCCCUCCUCUCCUCCCCUGACAAGACCCCCCUCAUUAGCAAGGAGCAUACCCCACUCCAGGGAAAGAGGGAUGGAGAGAAUGAUGGAGGGAGAGACGGAUUCACUGGACUGACUGGCCCUCUGGACAGCGAGAGGAAAGAGGAGGAUGAGGUGGUGGAGAUGGAGAGAAAUGGAAGUAKUAAGAUGGAUGGAGUGGAAGGGGAUGAGACGGAAGAGAGGAGAGAGCCAGAGAAGACCCAGAUUCAGCUCCAGCUCUCUGUCCCAGACCUCAUCCAUAAGGACCACCCGGACCCCCACAGGUCGAAGACGUCUGAGCCCAGGCAGAAGGCACCGGGAGUGGACACGAGGCUGGCCUCCACCCCUCUGAAGGCUCCAUACAGGAUCAGUCUGAGUGUGAGUGAGGAUGGGCUGAUGGAGAAUGGCUCCCUCUGUAUGAGAGGAUCAGCAGUUACAGACACAGAGGAGCUUGAACAACACCCCGACCUGCUUUCCUUUGAGUAGAGACACACAUAAACACAUACACCACAUACAUACAUACAUACAUACACACAUACAUGGAUACAUACACACAGACAGUGA